AUGGGGGCUUUCAUUUUCCUUCCCUUCAUGUUGCUGGCCAUGUUCUCAGUGUCUUCGACCCAGUUUUUGAAAACAAAUCUUUUCCAACUUGAAGAAAAUCAAGAUCCUGCACUUAUUCUAGAGAAAAAUGAAGCUAAUCAUCUAGGAAGACAAAAAGAAUCUAAUAAGCAAGGAGGCAGUAACACACAGGGACAGCCAGGGACAUUUAGUCUGCAAGGACUACCAGGGUAUUCUAACCAGCCAGGGAAUUUAAAUCAACAAGGAAGGCCAGGAGCUUUGAAACAGUCUGGGAUGUCAGGAGCUUGGAUUUUGCAAGGAAAUUCAGGAGGAUCUAACCAAAAAGGAAAUCUAGGAGUUUCUAAUGAGCAAGGAAAAUCAGAAUCUUCUAGCCAGCAAGGGAAACCAGGGUCACCAAGCCCACAGGGCAAGCCAGGGUCAUCUAGCCAGCAAGGGAAACUGGGAUCAUCUAACCAGUCAGGGAAACCAGGAUCAUCUAGUGAACAAGGAAAGCUGAUGUCAUCUAGCCAGCAAGGGAAACUGGGAUCAUCUAGUGAGCAAGGGAAACUGGGAUCAUCUAACCAGCAAGGGAAACUGGAAUCAUCUAGCCAGCAAAGGAAACUGGGAUCAUCUAGUGAGCAAAGGAAACUGGGACCAUCUAGUCAGCAAGGGAAAAUGGGAUCAUCUAGUGAGCAAGGGAAAAUGGGGUCAUCUAGUGAGCAAGGGAAACUAGGAUCAUCUAGCCAGCACGGGAAAAUGGGAUCAUCUAGUGAGCAAGGGAAACUGGGGUCAUCUAGCCAGCAAGGGAAAAUGGGAUCAUCUAGUGAGCAAGGGAAAAUGGGGUCAUCUAGCCAGCAAGGGAAACUAGGAUCAUUUAUCCAGCAAGGAAAAAUGGGAUCAUCUAGUGAGCAAGGGAAAAUGGAAUCAUCUAGUGAGCAAGGGAAAAUGGGGUCAUCUAGCCAGCAAGGGAAAAUGGGAUCAUCUAGUGAGGAAGGGAAAAUGGGGUCAUCUAGCCAUCAAGAGAAAAUGGGGUCAUCUAGCCAGCAAGGGAAACUAGGAUCAUUUAUCCAGCAAGGGAAAAUGGGAUCAUCUAGUGAGCAAGGGAAAAUGGGGUCAUCUAGCCAGCAAGGGAAAAUGGGAUCAUCUAGUGAGCAAGGGAAAAUGGGAUCAUCUAGCCAGUCAGGGAAACCAGGGUCAUCCAGUGUGCAAGGAAAGCUGACGUCUUCUAGUCAGCCAGGGAAACUGGGAUCAUCUAGUGAACAAGGAAAGCCAAUGUCAUCUAGCCAGCAAGGGAAGCCAAUGUCAUCUAACCAGCAAGUAAAGCCAGGGUCAUCUAGCCAGCAGGAAAAGCCCAUGCCAUCUAUCCAAAUAAAACCAGGGUCAUCUAGCCAGCAUGGGAAACCAGGAUCAUCUAGCCAGCAAGGGAAUCUAGGGUCCUCCAGUCAGCAAGGGAAUCUAGGUUCUUCUAGCCAACAAGGGAAUCCAGGGUCUUCUAACCAGCAAGGGAAGUCAGGAUUAUCUAGCCAACAAAAGAAAUCAAGGUCUUUUUACAAUAAAAGAGAAAGAAAAACUGUAGACAACCCUUUGAACGGCAAUAUAAUGGAGAAUCGGGCUGGCAGUACCAGCAGCAAGAACCCAACUGGAAAUUCAAAAUGUAAAUCUGUCUACAAACCUGUCUGUGGUUCUGAUGGAAAAACCUACGGUAACAGCUGUAUUUUAAAUGAAACAAAGAGUAAUAAAAAGAAAAUAAUACAGGUUUCUGGAGAUAGGGAAAAGAUAAUCUACAAAGGAACAAGAAUCAGACUGACAACGGAUUUAUCAUUGGACAACCUGAGACCUAGAAAUAAGUAG